GAGCGGACGCGGCAGCGCCUCUGUCUCGCUUUUUCUUAUUUUCCCCCCUUUCCCCUUCCUUUUUUUUUUUCCUUUUUCCCCCCCUUCCCCCCUUUUCACCAUUUCCCCUCGGAGACGCUUCCCCCGGGCAGGGGCAGAGCCGGUCUCCCCCCCCGCCUCUCCCCGGCCCCCGCCGCCCUAUGGCGAGAGGGAACCCCCUCCCCACCCGGGCACUAGCGGCGGCCGUUGGAGGAGUGGGACCGGCGCUGGCCGCGGCGGCCGCGGGCCCGGGGGAGUCAUGGAACUGAUUCGCUGAGCCCCCGGCCGCAGCCGUGCGUCCCGCUCGCUCGCCCGCGCCCCCGCCCGGCCCGGCCCGGCGCCCCCUCUUCUCCCUCCGCAGUCGGUGCCGUCCGGUCCCGCGCGCCCCGCCGCCGCGCGCUGAGGAAGAUGGGGUGGUAACGUGGCCCCGGAUGACCCCGCAUCGCCACUGUGAGGCCUACAGCUCCGCCGGGGAGGAGGAGGAGGAGGAGGAAGAGGAGGAGAAGGUAGCUACAUCAAGCUGGGAGGCAGGCAGAUCCAAAGGCUAUCAUGAAGUUUCCAGGGCCUUUGGAAAACCAGAGAUUGUCUUUCCUGUUGGAAAAGGCAAUCUCUAGGGAAGCCCAGAUGUGGAAAGUGAAUGUGCCGAAAAUGCCUACAAAUCAGAGUGUUUCUCCAUCCCAGAGAGAUGAAGUGAUUCAGUGGCUGGCCAAACUCAAGUACCAAUUCAACCUUUACCCAGAAACAUUUGCUCUGGCUAGCAGUCUUUUGGACAGGUUUUUAGCUACUGUAAAGGCCCAUCCAAAAUACUUGAGUUGUAUCGCGAUCAGCUGUUUUUUCCUAGCUGCCAAGACUGUGGAGGAGGAGGAGAGAAUUCCAGUACUGAAGGUGUUGGCAAGAGACAGUUUCUGUGGAUGUUCUUCAUCUGAAAUUCUGAGGAUGGAGAGAAUUAUUCUGGAUAAGUUGAACUGGGAUCUUCACACAGCUACACCAUUGGAUUUUCUUCACAUUUUUCAUGCCAUUGCAGUGUCAACUAGGCCUCAGUUACUUUUCAGUUUGCCCAGACUGAGCCCAUCUCAACAUCUGGCUGUCCUUACCAAGCAACUCCUUCACUGUAUGGCCUGCAGCCAACUUCUGCAAUUCAAAGGAUCCAUGCUUGCUCUGGCCAUGGUUAGUUUGGAAAUGGAGAAACUUAUUCCUGAUUGGCUUCCUCUGACAAUUGAGCUGCUUCAGAAAGCACAGAUGGAGAGCUCCCAGCUGAUCCACUGCCGGGAGCUCGUGGCACAUCACCUUUCCUCUCUGCAGUCUUGCCUGCCUCUCAAUUCCGUGUAUGUCUACCGGCCCCUCAAGCACACCCUGGUGACCUGUGACAAAGGAGUGUUCAGAUUACAGCCCUCCUCUGUCCCAGGCCCAGAUUUAGGUUUCUCCAAGGACAACAGCAAACCGGAAGUGCCGGUCAGAGGCCCAGCAGCCUUCUACCACCAUCUCUCGGCGGCCGGGGCGUGCAAGCAGACGUCGGCCAAGCGCAAAGUGGAGGAGAUGGAAGUGGAUGACUUCUACGACGGCAUCAAGCGGCUCUACAACGAAGACAGUGCGCCAGAGAACGUGGGUUCUGUCUGUGGCACUGAUCUAUCGAGGCAGGAGGGACCCGCUUCCCCUUGUCCGCCUUUGCAGCCGGUUUCUGUCAUGUAACUUCGAGUGCAGACUCGGCAGACUACUCUGGGAGCGGGAGCGUGGGAAACCGGGAAAGGCUGUAUGAAGGUGUGUACCUUAGCAGGCCCGUCGAAGUGAGCCAGAAAAAAUCCCCACUUACUUGUGUGGCAAAUUAGAGUCAACAUCAUUUAAGCAUUUAAAGACCAAAAGAAAAGUGUAAAAUUCAAAAGAUCCAAAUUUGUUUUAAAGUAAAAAAAAAAUUUUGGAGUGUUUUGUCAGUUCCAUCUUUUCUCUACUAAAAGUAAUGGCGAUUCACCCAUCUCAAAAGUGCUAUUCAGUGUUUUCUUUAAAGUUCUAAAACUCACAGCUGGCACACCCUGUCUCCAGCAUCCUGAUUUAAUUUUUCUCAUUUUUGCUUGCUUCUUUAUUGAAUACUUAAUGAACUUCUAUGCAUGUUGAUCUAUAGCCUGACUUCCACUGAUUAGGAAACCCUCAAAAUCAUUUUUUAGCAAUUUAGUGAAUAAAUUAUUUCAUUGUGACAGCCAUGUUUAAUCCAUGAUUCAGAUUCGUCCCGAAAGGGUCCUGCAGAAUCGCCGCAUAUGAGCGAGAGGUGGUCAGGGGAAAGGACUGGUGUUACCACGUGCAUUUUGUGUUGGUCUAAUUUCGAUUCCUGCAGUUUGGAAACAAAAUUAUCGUUUUCAUUUUUUGUUUAUCUCAAAUUGGAACUUAAAAGUGGCAUGUAAUUAGGACACUCCUAGAUUGGUUAAAAGCAUUUCUGACAUUCGUAUAAAAGGAUUCGUGAUACAGUGAAUUACCCGGGCGCUCGCCAAAGAAACGUGGACCAACGAAGGGUUUGAGGGUUUUUUUGGGGGGGGGAACUGACCCGUUUUCACUCAUUUGUAAUCAGGAGAGACUGUCUGAAUACCGGAGCAGCUCUGAGGUUGGGGUCUGUAACACAUAAUGACGGAAUUCAGUGCCCUCGAUUUCUGUUAAGCUCUUUGUAUCUUCCUGACCAGAGUUUUCGCCCUACCUUUCUCUCAGUGACUUCUGGACCCUGAGCUCCCCGUGCAGGCUGAGGAAGGCACUGCAGUCAGAACCAUGUACUGAUGAGAAAAGCCUCUGGUAGCAAUAAAAGUUGUCCUGAAACCUC